UCCAUUCCCAAAUCCACUUCUUUUCUUUUCGUCCACACUGCAGAGUGCACAACCUCAUAACAGACUCCAGAUCCAAAGCAGCCUCAGUCAAACAUUCAAGUCAUGAUCUCUGCGUCCACCCUUUUCUCUCACUUCAUUGGCUCGCGAGUCGCGCUCAGCCCAGCUCCGCUGCCGGUGGCUUCCUACGCAUCCCGCCCCAGCCGCGUCUCCGCCGCCUGCACCCCCGUCGAGCGCCCGACCGCCGUGAGGCCGCGCAUCGCCUCCUCGCACUUGUCGCUCUACGAAGUGCUCGGGGUCCAACCAGGCGCCACGGGCCAGGAGAUCAAGGCGGCGUACAGAAGAUUGGCCAGGGCCGUACAUCCCGAUGUCGCAUCCGAGAGCCGGAAAGACGCCUCCGCUGACGACUUCAUCAGGAUCCACGCAGCGUAUUCUACCCUGUCUGAUCCAGAGAAGCGCGCCGACUACGAUCGGAGACUCCAGUGGCAGCGGCGGCCGGUGAGCUAUUCGCCGUUUGUGAUGUCGGCGAUGACCUGUUCACCGGAAUCGAUAUUUUCCGGCCGCACGCGCCGCACGUGGGAGACCGAUCAGUGCUGGUAGAAAGGGAUUCUCGAUAUAGGGUAGCAUUUAUAGUACCGUGAAACGACGGAGCCGUCAGAUUGGCUUGCGAGUUGCGAUUAACACAAAAUGAGUGUAUAAAAUAAUAUAGGUUCGAAUUAGAACAUUUGUACAGUAAAGUCACAGACUGUUUUUGAAGUCUGGACCCUGAAAUUUGAAUGUUGAACCGUAUUUCUGUUUAUUUGAACUAGCUGUUUUUUCUUUAUUUUAUUCCAAAUGCGACGGGGAUUUAUCAUCA